AUGCAAGGGAUCACCGAAAAAACAAGAAAAAAAGAGAUGAUAAAUUUCUCUGAUAGUGAGCUCAAUUUACACAAGUCGAGAAGGCCUUACUUUCGGAAGCCGUGUCUUGUCAUGAGCAGGCUCUCAACCGAAUGUGUCAUGACCCGAUUAAAACGAUUCAAAAAUUUGGGAUUUGUUUUAAAUCAACAUUCAUUUCAUAAAGAAUAUCCAUCUUAUCUACAACCGGAAACUAUGACAAGAGAAUUUUCAAAAUCGAAAAUAUGGACGAGCGGAAGAAUUCGAAUUGAGAUUUUUUUCAUAAAUGUUGUCACUUUUUCUUAUCUCAUAGGUCCCAUUAUUCUCGCUGAUCUCAUCGUUUUCUUUUUUGCUGAUCCCAUUCAUUCAUUUGUAUCACACCCCUCAUUUUCGUUCCGAUUUCCUAUAUCUACAUUUUAA